AUGCAGGCGUCGAGCGCGUUCGCCGUGGGGUUAUCGCGCUGCUGCUCGCGGACGUUCCUCCACUCCGCGCGCGGCGCUUCUAGAAUUCGCGCGGCGUGUCGCCCCCGUCGCGUCGCGUCCACCGCGACCGCGAGCGCCUCGGGCGCGGGCGACGCCGAUUCGUCGUCGACCGGCGCCGCCGCGACGACGUCGCCGUCUCCGGCGCCGAAAGGCAACCGCGACUUGCGCGACGCCCUGAGCGAGCUCCGCGACGUCCUCCUCGACCCGAACAAGCUCGUCCGCGCGGUCGCGGGCGGGAAGUCCAAGGGCGCGGACCCGCGAUGGCGCAAGCUCGAGAUGCGCCCGGUCGCGCUGAAGCGCGGAGGGAUCAAGCUCCAAGUCGUCAAGUACGACGAGCGCCAAGCGUUCACGUCCAACCACGCGUACGCGAACGGGAGAGUCACAAAGGAGCGCGGGAAGGAAGUCCUCACCGCGUCCGCGGCCGCGGAGGAGGCGCUCGCGAUCCCGUUCAAGACGUGGCGCGUGGAGACCGCGGACGAGGUGCUCAAUCUUCAGGUGAGCAAAUCCGGCGGCGCCACGGUGAAGCGCACGCGGCAGCUGCUCUCGAACGCAUCGAAGGGUAGUAAAAACACCGCGCCGGGUGGAGCGGCCGGCGGCGGGCCGGCGGCGCACGAUAAAGUCAAGCCGCGCCUGUUAGCCCCCUCGGAUCCGUUCUUGAUUCGCGUCGGCGUGAGCAAAGAGGACGGCAGCGACGUCAAGCACGCUAAGGCGCGUUCUAUACACUGCGUGCGCGACAAGUACAAACAAGUCGAGGAAUUUUUACGUCUUCUAGACGUGGCCACGGCGGACGCGAGGACGGGCCAGCAUCUCCGCGUCUCGACCGUCGGUGACCCGCUGCGGCUCGUGGACCUGGGGUGCGGGAACGCGUACCUCACGUUCGGCGCGUACGCGCACAUGGCGGUGAACAAGAAGGAGGCGAUGCGGGUGGUGGGCGUGGACGUGAAGCGGCAGGCGAGGGAGACCAACGCGAGGGUCGCGUCCGAGCUCGGGUGGGACGACGCGUGCAGGUUCGUCGAGGGGACGAUCCGGGACGCGGUGGUGGCGUUCGACGCGGGGGAGAGGAGAAGCAGCGGGGGUGCCGUGGAGGGUGCCGAUGGUACUGGUGAUGUGGAAGAUGACGUGGCGAAACCUGAGGUGGAUAUCGUGUUGGCGCUCCACGCGUGCGACGUCGCGACGGAUGAGGCGAUCGCGCGCGCGGUGCGUUGGAACGCGCCGCUGACGUUGGUGUCCCCGUGCUGCCACCACGACCUGCAGGUGCGGUUGCGGGAUGCAAAAAUACAGCCGUUCCCGCCGUUAUCGCGGCACGGGAUCUUACGGGAGCGGUUAGGGGACAUCAUCACGGACGCGUUUCGAGCGCACGUGUUGCGUCUGUUGGGGCACAGAGUCAGCGUGGAGGAAUGGAUCGGCGGGGAGCACACGGCGCGUAACGUCAUGAUUAAGGCGGUCAGAACCGGCGUCGGCGCGGACAGGGCGACGUGGGAGGAGUACGACGACCUGUGCGCGCAGUGGGGGGUCACGCCGAGGUUAGCGGAGAUGCUCGAGGGGGAGUUGGCGGCGGCGCGCGCCGAGGCGUUUCGGGAGUGA